UCUUUAAUGACGGGUCACUUUUAUUUUAUUUUAUUUUUCAUUUUUUAUUUAAUUUAUGUUUCUGGUUUUGUACAGCUUACACUUAACCAUUUAUGUAGUGGAUGUCAUUUUUAGCUUGAGAAGAGCUUUGUUCUCUUUCACAUUUUUUGCUGAUGGAAAAUUUAGAAUAAAUGAUGUGCAGCAUAUCCUGAUGGUGUUCAUAGAAAAAUUAAGGACAGAUGAAUAAAAGGAUUGGCAAUAACAAUAUCAAUAUCAAUCCAAGAAAAGCAGCACCUUUGCAUCCUCAUGGAAAUAGGAAAAAGAUGGAACCCCUGGCAACAAAAUCAGCAACUGCAGAGAAAACAAUGGCCAACAGGCGCCGGUCAGCAAGAGAUCGAAAGUUGGCCUUACUAAGAGAUGUUGAUAAUCUAAAGAAGAAACUGAGACACGAAGAGAAUGUGCACAGAGCUUUGGAAAGAGCUUUCAAUAGACCCUUAGGAGCUCUACCUCGUCUCCCUCCUUAUCUCCCUAAAUACACACUUGAGCUUCUGGCUGAGGUGGCAGUCUUAGAAGAGGAAGUUGUACUUCUCGAAAAGCAGAUUGCGAAUUUCAGACAAGGUUUGUACCAAGAAGCUGCUUAUAUAUCCUCCAGAAAGAGUGCAGAAAAUUCGACUCCACCUUCGAAUAAGGAGCUAUCUAUUGGAAGCUACAAACGGGGUCACUGGAGAUCCUCAUCUCAAAGUGAGGUCACUUUUGGAUCACUCCAAACGAGGCCUCGCCGUUCGCUUUCCCCUUCUCUUUCGAGAGUUGCUUCGAUUAAGAGGAUCAUGUUUUCCGAGCAUGUGCCCGAGACAUAUGUCGAUUCUUGCAAAGAUAGUAAACCAAACCACCGAAAUAAAUCGUUGGAAACAAAAAGUACUUUCAAGAGUGUGAACUCUCGAAAAAUGAAGUGUAGAAAUGUAGAGCAAGCACAAGAGACCUCUUUGGGUUCUUUGGAUAGAAUUGUUGAUGCUGAAUAUGAGGCGAAUAAAUUGUCCGAGGAUAUCUUGAAUUGCCUCAUCAACAUCUUCGUGAGAUUGAGCUCGUCAAAAAGGAAGACUGUUGAUUUGGAAUCCUUUUCAUCUUUCGCAGCAAAAGCAUCUAAUGAGGAAUUGAACUUUCGGGAUCCGUAUUGCACUUUGUCCGAGUCCAAAACGAGAGACAUUGGAACUUACAAAAAUCUGUAUGUAAUAGAAGCUGGUUCGAUUGAUCUUAAACGGAAAACAAAUGCAUCCUUUUUGAUCCAGAGGCUUAAGGUUCUUUUAGACAAGCUAUCGUCUGUGAGGUUAGAUGGUCUAAGCCAUCAACAGAAGCUUGCAUUCUGGAUUAACAUAUACAAUUCCUGCAUUAUGAAUACUUGCUUGAAAUCAACCAAAAAUGACGAAAGUACGAUUUGCAAAACACUCGGUUUGGAGUGGUCAGAACCAAUGGUCACAUUUGCACUAUCCUGUGGAAGCUGGUCUUCCCCUGCUUUGAGAGUGUAUACUGCAACUCAAAUCGAGACAGAAUUAGAAGCAGCCAAAAUGGAUUAUCUACAAGCCUCGGUUUUCGUUUCAUCUUCAGACAAGAUAGUUAUUACGAAGCUACUCGAUUGGUACCUUCUCGAUUUUGCAAAGGAUUUGGACUCGUUGCUCGACUGGAUUUGCCUGCAGCUGCCAGAUGAUAUCCGAGACGAAGCCGUAAAAUGUCUUGAGAGAAGGAUACAAGAGCCUCUGUCAAACUUAAUGCAAGUGAUGCCUUAUAAUUUUGAUUUCAGAUACCUUAUACACAGGUGAAAGGUUUUACUGAUAAUGCAGGAUUUUGUACAAUUUUAAUGUGUGUGUGUGUAUAUUGUGCCAAUAGUAUAGGAUUUUUGCUAGGGAAUUUUUAUUUUAUAUUUUUAUUAUUAUUAUUAUUAUAAUUA